AUGAGCCUUUUUAUACCACGAAGUAGGAUUGGUCUCGCAAAUGUUUUGAAGCGUUCGGUGCCAAGAUGCAUACCCAUGUUGAGAAGAUCAUUCCAUUCGUCUUCGUAUUUUCUACAGAAGAAUCAAAAUUCCGAUGAUUACGAGGCUCAGUUAAAGAAGGUGAGACAGAAGUUUGAGAAGAUGUCCAAGUCUCAAGAUCUACCGGCCGCCACUCUUCCCGAAGUGCAACUCCCUGUCGACCCAUUUGACAUAAGAUACCUCGACAGAUUGUCAGUUGUUUGUGAGUUUAUGUUGCGAGAAUUUGAAAGAAAAUGUGACGAGUUUGAAAAGUCCGGUGGGGUCAUUUUCUUGGAAGAUAAUGUAGCUGAAAAGGAGAUAAAGGAUAUCCAGGACUCAUUUACAAGACUGCACCCUCAUUUUCUGCCAUUGACCAAGGGCGAGAUUCUUCAAACUGUGCGUAUCUACUACGUGUUAGCAAACAAUUUGGAGUAUUUGGACCAAUUAAGGUUUAGUAACCCAGAUGUGCAGAAGCUAUUAACAGUGUUUGAUAAAGCCACUACCGAAACUCAAGACUUGAACCCUUCUGAUGUUGCACGCGACAUGAGGCUCAACGAGAAAUCAGUAAAACUUUGGUUUAAAAUCUUUAGCACCCUCCUUUCAACACCAUUUGCGGUCGAUGGAAAAAGGACAUUCGCACUUUGCCCCAACGAGUAUCAAAUAAUCAAUGAUUUCCAGAAACUUAAACUAGUGUUGAAGCAAAGACACAACAAUAGUGACAUUUUUUCAAACUUUUUCAAGCAAGCAAGUGAGAACAACAAGAAUCUGAGGAAGGGAAACAAAAAGAACAAAGGACCAGUGAAUAUAGAAAUUGAGUUUACACCAAAGCAAAUUGCUCAAGCCGUGGCUCUUAUAGCACUUGUUGUAUUUUUCAUUUCCUACACAGGUAGUGAUAAUGGGAAGGAAAUUACAUUCCAGGACUUUGUUGCUAAUUACUUGAGCAAAAACAUGGUAUCCAAAGUUGUUGUUGUGAAUAACUCUGUUGCAUACUUGGAGUUGAAUGACAAUGGAUUGCGCCAGAAUCACGCAGACAAGUUGUAUUUUAGCAUUGGUUCCGUUGAAACAUUUGAACGUAACUUGAGGGAAGCACAAGAUAAGUACAACAUCAGUCCCCAAAUGAGAGUUCCGGUAGUAUACACAACCAAAGGUAGCACAACCAAAUUCUUGAUCAACUUCUUGCCGACUGUUUUGUUCUUGGGUGCUAUUUACUGGAUGACCAAAAAGGCCGCGUCAUCAAUGGGUGGAAUGGGUCCAAUGGGUUUUGGAAAAUCUACUGCGAAAAAGUUCAAUCAAGAAACGGAUGUUAAAAUCAAAUUCAAGGAUGUUGCAGGUAUGGCAGAAGCAAAACAAGAAGUGACUGAGUUUGUCAACUUUUUGCAAAAUCCAGAAAAAUACGAAAGGCUUGGUGCAAAGAUUCCUCGUGGAGCUAUUCUUUCAGGGCCACCAGGAACAGGUAAGACGUUACUUGCCAAAGCCACAGCUGGAGAGGCCGGUGUCCCCUUUUAUUCUGUAUCGGGUUCCGAAUUUGUUGAGAUGUUUGUUGGUGUGGGUGCUUCUCGUGUACGUGAUUUGUUCAAAACUGCUAGAGAAAAUGCCCCCUCUAUUGUUUUUGUUGAUGAGAUUGAUGCCAUUGGUAAACAAAGAUCAAAGGGAAAUGCCACAGGGGCAAAUGACGAGAGAGAAACUACAUUGAAUCAAUUGUUGGUUGAAAUGGAUGGAUUUGACAGCACUGAUCACGUUGUGGUCUUGGCAGGUACAAACAGAGCCGACAUUUUAGAUAGAGCAUUAUUGAGACCAGGAAGAUUUGACAGACAUAUUCAUAUCGAUAAUCCUGAAUUGCAAGGAAGAAAAGAAAUUUUUGAUGUUCAUUUGAGAAAAAUCACCUUGGAAAAAGAUGUUGAUCGUGAUUUAUCUGGAAGAUUAGCAGCUUUAACUCCUGGAUUCUCUGGUGCUGACAUUGCCAAUGUUUGUAAUGAAGCUGCGUUGAUUGCUGCACGGUACAAUGCCAGUGCAGUGACUUUAAGACAUUUCGAGUUGGCUAUUGAACGAGUCAUUGGAGGGGUUGAAAAGAAGUCGAAAUUGUUGAAUCCAGAAGAACAGAGGAUUGUUGCAUUCCAUGAGGCUGGACAUGCUAUAUGUGGAUGGUUCUUGAAGCAUGCACACCCGUUGUUAAAAGUAUCCAUCAUCCCUAGAGGGAAAGGAACUUUGGGUUAUGCACAGUACUUGCCUCCUGACCAAUACUUGAUGUCCACUGCGCAAUUAUACGACAGAAUGAUUAUGACUUUGGGAGGUAGAGUGUCCGAGGAGUUACAUUUUGCUUCCGUCACUGGAGGUGCUCAUGACGAUUUCAAAAAAGUCACAAAUAUUGCUCAAUCAAUGGUUUUGCGUUUUGGAAUGUCACCAAAGAUUGGUAUGGUCAAUUACUACGAUACUAGAUCUCAGGAUGACUUGACCAAGCCUUUUAGUGAAGAGACGAGCAGGGAAAUUGACGCUGAGGUUAAGAGAAUCGUUCAAGAAUGUCACGAUAAAUGCAAGCAAUUGUUGAAGGAGAAGGCUAAUGAGGUGAAGUUGGUGGCUGAGGAGUUAUUGAAGAAGGAGUUCAUCACUAGAGAGGAUAUGAUUAGGUUGUUGGGUAAGAGACCAUUCCCUGAGACUAACGAUGCUUUCGACAAGUAUCUUGAUGGUAAAGAUGCUUUCAAGAAUAUUAAACCCGAGAAUGAGAGAAAAGAUAAUGAAAAGGAUGAGGGAGAGAAGAAAGAGGGGGAGGAAGGAGAGAGAAAUUGA